CGUCCGUGAGCAGCGGCGGCGGAUCACGGAAUCUCGGUCCCUCCCAGCGCCACCCCGGCCCCGGCCCCCCCGGCGGCACCGUGAGGAGGAUCCUGACUGACAAGGCUCUCGUGUUAUGACGACCCCCAACAAAGGAAACAAAGCCUUAAAGGUGAAGCGGGAGCCGGGCGAGAAUGGGACCAGCUUGACAGAUGAGGAGCUCGUGACCAUGUCUGUGCGUGAGCUGAACCAGCAUCUGCGGGGCCUGUCCAAGGAGGAGAUCAUCCAGCUGAAGCAGCGUCGGCGCACGCUGAAGAACCGAGGCUACGCGGCUAGCUGUCGUGUCAAGCGUGUCACCCAGAAGGAGGAACUGGAGAAGCAGAAGGCAGAGCUGCAGCAAGAGGUGGAGAAGCUGGCCUCUGAGAAUGCCAGCAUGAAAAUGGAACUUGAUGCUCUCCGCUCCAAGUAUGAGGCGCUCCAGAACUUCGCCAGAACCGUGGCCCGGAGUCCUGUGGCCCCAGCUCGGGGCCCUAUCACCUCUAGCAUGGGGCCCCUCGUCCCUGGCAAAGUCGCCACCACCAGCGUCAUCACGAUAGUGAAAUCCAAAACGGACGCCCGGUCUUAGUAAAGCAACGCUGCCUGGGCUUGUCUGUGCAGGGCAGUUAGGCGCAAAGCUAACCUGGAAUCCCCAAAGCACAAACCCUUUUCCUAGUGGGUCAGGACUCCCUCCUCUCUGCUCGGGACUGGCCUGCUGAUCACUCCAGUUUUGUGUUUUGUCUUGUUCAGAUUGAUAUGAUCAGUGGUGACACCCCCCCAUCCUGUGCAAACAGAGCCUCCCACCUAUGGGUCUACAGCCCUCUGGGGCAUCCUUGGGAUAGAGACUGUGAAAGACCUUGGUGUUCUAGCCAAAGAAAUUCUGCACAGCAUGGAGGAAGGUGUGUGCUUGAGGCCCAUGACACUUCUCAGUGGGUUGGGGAUGGGAGAGCAGAGGAGGCUCUGUGGCAGGGAGUCGGGAUCCCUGGUUUCAGUCACUUCCGAAGGAUUUAUUCCAUUAUACUUCCAAGUGGCAUAUCUCGGUGCCUGUUUGCCAGGUGCCCAAAUCUGCUGCUUCUGUCUCGCUUGGUAUCAGUGAUUGCCGUGGGGGUAGUUUGUGUAACUGAGUUUAUGUUAACUUCUAGACGCGCUGCCUGUGUCCCAAAGGCAGGUUUCCUUGUGACUUUCACUGCACCAGCCACACACAUGCAGUAAUGGAAGGGAGGAAACUGCAGUUCCCUGGUAUCUCUGCUCUGGAGGGGUGUGUGUGUGUGUGUGUGUAGGGGUGGGAGAUGAUGGGGACACUGUGGGGGCCAGCAAUGGGAGGAGGAGGAGGUACCAUAGUGACUGAAGGCCAGUUUUGUGCCUAACAUGUUGCACUGAACAAGACCAAAAUCACUAGUUUUUUCCCAUCUAUUGAGGGUAUCAAGUGUCUCUAGUGUGAUGGUUUACACAACCAGUUUGUGGUUAAAUAGUCCUUUUAUUUAAAGAGAGAAACAUUCAUGUUAAGAGUUAUUAAAUUAUCUAAGUUUAAAAUCAGACAGAAGAGAGCGCAUAUUUAUAGUCGGCUUUUUUUACCCGAGCAGGCGGGAAUAUUUGACCAUAUAAAUGGAGAAAUAUUCUCAGUCUCUGCUAGCUGAAAAGUAAAUAAAGAAAAAUAAUUAUAAAGUUUCUCAUGAACCUCCUGCAAACUCUCUGUGGCUCCGAGGUUAGUUUUUAUAAAGAGUUAUCAGACUUUAUUUAUAAAAUUUAGAAAAAGACAAAAAAGAGGCAAGUCCUGUUUGAUAUCUUUUUUGCAAUUGUACCAAAAGUGACUUAUUCUUGAACUCGCUGGCUUCCUUCGUGUUCCCACUGUGUUGCGCUGUCCAUGCUCUCUGAGCUCUUGUGUGGCGCUGUGAUGUGAUGGUGCCAAUAGCUGCCUUUGCUGUCUGGAUGUCCUGUCUUCACGCUGCCUUUGCUUUCCCAGGGAUUGACAGGGGCACUGUCCUAGGCCUGCAGUGGGUCCUUGGCACGUAGGCGAGGUUGCUUCCCAACCAGUGAGGGCCAAAAUCCACCCUGACCUUUCUAAACUGAAGUCAGAACAACUUGAUGGGUGUGAACAGAUGGUGCCACAUCUCCAGGAGCCUCUCCUUCUGCACUGUCCUUUUGUAUUGUCCAACAGCCUGUUUCCCUAGCUGGCAGCCACCUGUCUUAGAGGUACAGCUGCUGCUGGAGGCGGUUGCUAACCAGGUUGUUCUUGGUAGCUCUGUUACCUGAACAUGGCAGACUGUUGUAAGACUGCUCCCCCUACUCUUCAAGCAGGAAAGAGGGCAGGGGAAGUGAAGCAAUGGAGAUUGUUCCAAGAGGUCAUGUUUAGGAGGAGACUAAUGGGAAAUAGCUCUGGGCUUUGGUUUCCUUUUAGAUCCUGCGGUAAGAACUUUAAGUGCUCAUUAGAUGCUGGCCAUGAGCCUCAUUGUGCAUUUGAGCAGGGCAGGAAGUUGCAUCAGUCCUGGUGAUGGACUCCCUUGCUGUUGAGUGUCUGCAUAGUACCGAAAGGGAAGCCAGGGCAUAGUUGCUUUCUUUCCUAUCCACCCAACCUCCCCGACUUCCUGGUGCAGCUUCUUCUAGGCGUGAUGUGUAUGUUAGGCUGACGUGUAGUUUGCAAGGCUGUGCGACGGAGCUAAGAUGCUAUCUGAGGUCUUGAUCCCUUUCCACAAACUAUUCCCCUGGAAGCUAAAGCUCAUUGCUGUUACCCCCAGGUGGCAGGACAGUGGGAAGAGACCAGCCUGGCAGGGGACACUGAGCUCCAUAUGGUGAUCUCUGGGCUGCUGGAUGCAGGCUGAGUGUAGGGGACAGAGUACAUGGUGCUGCAGCCUAGCCCAGCACCAAGCUUAGCAGCCUGUUUGUAUUGCUGACCUUAUCUGGUGGGGCACAGAUUUCAUGCCCACCCCGCUCAUAGGCAGAGAUUUUUGCUUUCUACAGAGAAGCAGGUAUGCCUGCCAAAGCCCAGUGUUCAGUGAGAAGAGGGAGGGCCAAGGACAGGUUGGAAUGUGCGGGCUCAGAGCAGAGCAAUAGUCCAUUGUGGAGGAUUUUCCAUUCGGUCCCACCCUUACUCCGGAGAUUGAGGGUUUUUUCUGCUUUGUUUUGAACUGGGAUCCAGGAGGAAGCUGUUGGGGUCGAACUUCCCAGUGAGUUGCAUUGGACAGAGGAGAGGAUUGGGGAGGUCUUCCCACCUUCCCCAUGUUCCCCCUGCCAAACCAUGGGUCUUUCUCUAGUCUCCAUUAUGAAAAGUAGGUGUCUUCAAUCUCUGGUCUCAGCCUCCAGGAACCUGCUGAGACUGUAACUCUCCGGAAGGGCUAGUGACUGCGCAGUGCGGCUCCUUGGGAUUUAACUCCCCAGUCUUCUGGGUCUUUUGUCUUCCCAUUGCUCAGAAGGUGCCAACCACUGGGUGUUGUUCAACUGCAGACCCCUGAAAUGAGCCCAGAAUACCAAGUCCAGACUCCCCUUAGAACCAGCUUGAAAUUGGGUACCCCACAUGAAGUUGAGUGCAGAAGGCAGUUCUGAGCCAGCCUAGCAUGUCUGCCCUGCCUGGGAUGCAGGGGACGCUGUUGCCAGGGGUGUGUUUAUAUAGCAAGCUGGGUGCUGUGCUCUUGCUCCAAGAGGGUUUGGUUUGAGGAGGCCCCAUCAACUUUUGUGCAACAGAAGGAGCAGGUGGUGACCAUCUUCCUGAGAAGAUGCACGUGGCCAGAGAGACCCCUGUUAGUGGCUGCCAAUCCCUUACCGUCCUACUAACAGCCUGGAACUUCCCUCCCUGACUGACCUCUCACCCAUCAUCCAUCUUCAGAGGAGUCCUGGUCCAUGCCUUUACCAGGAGAGGAUGCUUUAGGGCUGGGUUCCAUGAGUGCUGGAGGACGGAGAGAGCAGACACUGACUCAGACAGAAUAUAAUUUUUUAUAACUAAUGGAGAUAUCCUAUCUCCUAGAACUGGAAGGGACCUUGAAAGGUCAUCGAGUCCAGUCCCCUGCCUUCACUAGCAGGACCAAGUACUGAUUUUGCCCCAGAUCCCCAAGUGGCUCCUUCAAGGAUUGAACUCACAACCCUGGAUUUAGCAGGCCAAUGCUCAAACCACUGAGCUAUCCCUCCCCCGUCUUUUCCACUUCUUGACAUUUUCGUUUAUUGUGCUUUUUAGUCUGUUAUCCCAAACAGCUCUCUGAUUGGCUGAGCAUAUUCAGUAACAUCACAUCUCAACAUAGAGGCUUUAGGUGCAAAGUCAGCAAAGCUGUGGUUGUGUGAUGUGGAGUCAUGAACUCAGCGCUGGGGGCCAGGACUCCUGGGUUCCACUCUUGGCUCCGCCACUGGCUCCGGGUGUGACCUUGGGCAAAUUGCUUCCCUUCUCUGUGCUUGGAGCCUCUGCCCCAUGUCAGUGACCGGUGUGUUGGAGGGGCUCUGGGCAGCUCCCUAUGGUCUGUGCUCUGCCCCAUGUCAGUGUCCGGUGUGUUGAAGGGGUUCCGGGCAGCUCCCUGUGGUCUGUGCCCCACGUCAGUGGUUUUGGUUCUUUGAUUUUAGUGAAGUAUAAAAUCUGAAUACCUUCUUGCCCCUGUGUUCAGGGAAUCCCCCAUUUAUGCUAAAGGGGGCACUCCCCCACUCACCCCAGCACCAGUCAGCUUCUUGUGUUUAUGGAUUGUCCUAGUGUGAGUCAGGCCUCCCAACCCCUCACUUGAUUUCUCUCUCUCUCUCUCAUAUAUAGCGUUUCAGAGUGUGACAGUUCUUGUUUUCGAGGUGCUUGUUCAUUUGGUUUCCUGCUGUGAAGGGUGUUGUGUUUUCUUUCUCUGGUACCUUUUUGACGCAGCGGGUGGGGUUUUUGCUCCUGGCCUGGCUGCAAAGCGAACCCGUGAAGUGUAUCCACCCUCGCAUGGCUGGGUGUAGGCGUGGCUGUCCCACCCAGGGCGUGCACAGGGACUUGUGUAUGUUGUGGUGAAUUGUGUAAAGUGAUCUCUUGGCUUAGGCAACACGAUGGAUAUUUCCCUUUAGGGAGAGGAAGAGGCAGACUGCAGUGUGUAGGCAGGAGCUAGGACUGCUCUGUGCGGGUUCAUGCAGGUGGGGAAGGGCACGCAGAGCGCUCUCCCCUUGGGUCGGCUGGUGUGUGUGUGAGAUCCUGGAUGGUCACCACCACCCUGGGUCUCUGCUAUGAAAUGCAUUGGGCGUGGGGGGGGGGGGGGGGGGAAGGAGGAUUUGUGAAGAGCUGGGGUGGCAUAUCUCUUCCAACCUUUUAUGAGCAGAGUCCUCCCCCCCCCCUUGCCCUCCCCCCGCCACACCCCUAGUGGCCAGAGGGUAAUGGCUAGAUGGGGGCUCUGUCCUGUCCUUUCACCAGCCCACAGGGACGACAUCGCUGGGAGGGGACUGUUCCUUUUGCUUGCAGGCGCCUUCCUGAAUGAAGCUCCGUGCUUCAAGCUGUGGUUUUUCUGGCAGGAACAAACACGAACGCUCUCACCUCAGAGGAAGGUUCCCUUCCUGCCAGGGUAUGCUGCUGCCUCCCACCAUAGUAAAGGGAAGGGUGGGGACCUGUGAGUACACUGACUUCCCUCCCCACUCAGAUACGAGGAGGUAGUGCUGGGCCCCUUUCAGCUGUGGGGCUGGGAGGUGCUAAGGGGCAGCCUGGAUGGGGCAAUACUCUCUCUGCUCAGUAGCUGGCUUUGCUCCCUUUGGGAGUAGGAGCAGUCAGGUUGGGUGCAUGAGUGAGCUUUGGAUGCUUGUGUAUGAUACCUCUGGGUACAGCCUGUGUGAAUGAUUCUGCAGCCCCGGUUCCUCUCUGGGGCAGCCAUAUGAACCGCUCCCUAGUGGAGGGCAGUACUAUGCUGCCAUGAAUUCCCAGAGUGCAAUGGUGGAGCAGUGGGAGUGGAGUCCCUGCCCUAUUCCAAGGGGAGAAGGAGCUACCAAACUGCUGAGCCCUGCCUGAAGUGUGACCUCACUGCAGUCUGCCCGGAGUUUAUUACACCCUUGGCCAAACUGGAAUGUUAUUGGAGAAAUAACAUCCUGGGCACGAAGUGACAGGACGAGGGCGCCUUGGCUGCAGCCCAGGCUAUGCUGCCCUGCAGUGUCAAUAUUGGCUUGUGUCAAACAUGAGGACCGGGCCUGCAAGGCUCAGUUCUGAAUCAUGUAUUUGCUUCUUUUCCGUUUUAAACGGACUCUAAAAUGGAAAAAAAAAAUAUUUUAUUAAACAGAAUCUAAUUUGUAAAUAUAAAAAAUGACUAGAAAUGGGGGCAAGAUCUCUGACAGGGGUGUAAUAAAAUGUUCAGUCCAAGGCUUUUCUAUAACAAAGCCAAGUCCAGCUAAUAAUCAGUAUUUAUUACUAAAUUAUUGUCCUUUUUCAAUCUGUAGAUAGGUAUCUGUUGAUAACUGUCGGGGAUUUGCUGUUGCGGCCCCGUUGGAGGUGGUGUUAAUUUAUUUCUGUAUAUAGUGUAUGUUUGUUGAUAUGAGGCUUUCUUUAUUUUGUAUAUGACCAAUAAACUUCUUUUAAAGAGA